GCACUAUUCGGGAGAAAGAUGUAGAAUUGCUGCUCCCUCCUGACUAAUUGGUGGAACCGAUGAGGGAAUUAGGGGGCAGAGAGGGUAGGUGUGGUGUGUGGGUGUUGGAGCCUACUGCCUAGCUAUCAUCUAUCCACUUGGUAGUUGCCAACACACAUCUCUGCAAAAUAAAGAGGGAGAUGAGAAAGUUCAAAUAUAAGCUCUGCGCCUUCAAAAGACUGUUAUAUAUAGUGUUUAGUGCAUCGUGAUGAUACGGGUGGUUAAUAUAUAUAUAUUAAUUAAAUACGGUAUGUAUGAGAGAGAAUGUCUCAAAAUGUACGUGGACGCUUAUUGCGUAACAUGACGUUUUGACUAGGAAAACAAACUAACCAACCCCGUUAACCAAGCAAAGCCUCUCUCUCUCUCUCUCUCUCUACAGCCACUCUUCCUAGCGGUUGGGGCAGGCUUAAUUUCCAUGUAAGUAAUCGGCCCUGAUCGCCAAUUUCAUUCAGGUUGAGGUUGCAUAUUUAAUAUAGCUCCUACAUUAAUCAUAAAUAUAUAAGAUGGAUUCCUUUAGAGGACAAGGAGUCAUUCAGAUGCUGUUAACUGCGGAACAGGAGGCCCAACACAUCGUUUCAAGUGCUAGAAACUUAAAGAUAAAAAGGUUGAAGCAAGCGCAAGAAGACGCAGAGAGGGAAGUGGGACUCUAUCGCUCUCAUCUGGAAGCUGAGUUCCAAAAGAAAAUCGCUGAGACUAGUGGGAGCUCUGGGUUUAAUGCAAAACGGCUUGAAGUGGAUACUGAAGUGAAGAUUCAAAACUUGAAGGAAUCAGCAGCUAGAAUCUCAUGUGAUGUGAUUGGCAUGCUCAUCAAGCAUGUUACAACAGUGAAUCUCAUGCACACAUGAAGGGGCAGCCAUAAUGAGCAAAGAAGCCAGGAACAUAAUAUAAAUAACCUGCAACUGCAUGCUGCAUAUAUAGAAGGCCGUAUGGUAUCUCAAUAAGCAUAUUUUUCUAUAUUCUUUCUUCUAAAGCCUAUUAAUGUAGCCUUCUGCAAUUAAUGAUCUUUUAUAUUCUUUAAAGUUCUUGCAAUCUUACCCAUUUAUUUUUGUUUCCAAACCUAGUCUCAUUCUUUUAACAUUCGCUCCGCAGUUACUGAAAAAUAAGAGAUCUUGUGAUUAGUUGAACGUGAACCUCCAUUUAGUUCUUUGUGUUUUUAACCCUCGCAAAUGGAUCCAUUGCAUCCUGCAUCCAUGAUGGUAAUGACCAAUCCAAGGAGGGAAACGGAUAGCAAACAUGAGGUAAUAAGUAGGAUAUAGAAUGUAUAAUAAAUAACGUGCAUUUGAGUUUAAAUAAUUAAUUUAAUAACUCGAGGCUUAGGAUAUAAAAUUUGGCAAGUAAUUUUAAAGACCAAAUACACUUUUUUACAUUUAUUAUACGAUGUCAAUGAAUUUAAUUAAAAAAUGACAACUAGCGAGAAAUGCUUUAAUUACAAAAACAUCUUACAAAAAUAAAUUAUUUUUAUUACGAGUUCUUCUACUGAGUAGUUACUGUAGCAGUGCACACAUCGCACUCACUCCGUGGCUGUUUUUUUUUUAACCAAACGUGCGUACGUUGCGUAUGAAAUUUACUUUCCCGAUUUAAAUUUCCCCCACCUACCUCGCUUGAAACCCCUCCUCCCUCGCCCGCGUCACGUUCCACCAACUCCACUAGGCGACGCUGCUCGUUCCUCCUCUGUCGCCCCUCGAAUUUACACUUCUCGUGUCAACCCAGCACCCACGUAGUCGUCGCCCCUCCUCUGCUAGCACCCUGUGUCGCCGUCACCCCUCCUGUUGUGCCCAGCGUCGCUGCCAGCAUGUUGCGAUCAGUGACUCUGAAAGUUGUGAGUGAAGAAUCAUGGCCCCAUAUUGUUCGGCAGGCCCAAGCCCUAAGAAGAGUGCGAGCUUUCUCGGCCACCAUGUUACCUCCAUCCAAGGCCAUUGUCUACGAUCACCAGAGUCCACCAGAUUCUGUCACCAGGUCCACCAGUCUUGAAGAAAAUCUGUCUUUACAAGCAGCCUUUAAUAGCAAGAUUGUUGUGCACGAGGAGGUAGAUCUUUUCUGGGGCUUGGGUUUGGGUUGUGCAUGCCUAGUGUAAGCAUUAGUUAGUUGCAAGACUAGCUUUAUCGUUGGGAGCUUUUAUUGAAGUUAAGGUGUCUGAUGAGCAACAGGCAGUACUGCUAUCAAAACUCUGAAGUCCUUUUGCAUUCAGUUUGAUGUGAAGCAUAAGCAAAUAACAUAGUUGCUAUGUUUAUCCAAUCAGAUCUUGGUUGUAAUUGUGGACAACUAUUUUAGAGUGUAAUUCUGGUAUGCUCGGUUGUAAUGCUUGGCUGUAAUUGUGGACAAAUCUUGGUUGUAGUUGUGAACAAAUAUUGUUAAGUGUAAUGCUGUGGACAGAUUGGUUAUUGUAAUUCUAGAAAUAUUUUGGUUGUUAGUUUA